CUGAGUAGUGGUCAGGUAGUGUAUACAGUGUGGAUAUGCUGUAUGUCUCAGGUGAGCAAAGUAAUAAAAUUGCUGAAGAAAGAAGUUAACUUCUGGAUUUAAUGGCCUGAUAGCUGGGUGCUGCAGGAUCACUGAGCAAAUUCCUGGCACCUCUGUUGGAAGGUUAAACUGCAGAACAACAUAUCAUAUCAGAUGGCCGACAUACAUCAUUUAAAAGAGCAACUUGCUGAGCUUCGCCAGGAGUUUCUUCGGCAAGAAGACCAGCUUCAGGACUAUAGAAAGAACAACACUUACCUAGUGAAGAGAUUAGAAUAUGAAAGUUUUCAGUGUGGACAGCAGAUCAAGGAAUUAAGAGCACAGCAUGAAGAAAAUAUUAAAAAGUUAGCAGAUCAGUUUUUGCAAGAACAAAAGCAAGAGGCCCCCAAGGUUCAAUCAAAUGAUGGAAAAGAAUUGGAUAUAAACAAUCAUGUAGUACCUAAAAAUAUUCCAAAAGUGGAUGAGAAUGUUGCAGAUAAGAAUGAAGAACCCUCAAGUAAUCAUAUUCCACAUGGAAAAGAACAAAUCAAACGCGAUGGUGAUGCAGGGAUGCCUGGAGUAGAAGAGAAUGACCUAGCUAAAGUUGAUGAUCUUCUCACCUCUUUAAGGAAGCCCCCUGUUUUAGUUUCUCAACAUGAAAAUCAUCAGACAAUCUCCCAUCUUCCAACUGGACAACCUCUCUCCCCAAAUAUGGGUCCAGAUUCACAUGUAAACCAUGAUGGUAACCUGGGUACUUCAAAACAAAACCCUUCCAAUCCUCUUCAGCAUGUAAAUCCUGGCUCAAACUUGGAGAGUGAACCCAGAAUCCAAAUGGAUAUACUAAAGCAAGCCACCAAGGAUAGAGUUGGUGAUUUCCACAAAUUGAAGCAAAGCCGGUUCUUUGAUGAAAACGAAUCCCCCGUUGAUCCUCAGCACGGCUCUAAAGUGGCGGAUUAUAAUGGGGAUGACGGUAAUGUAGGUGAGUACGAGGCAGACAAGCAGGCUGAGCUGGCUUACAAUGAGGAGGAAGAUGGCGACGGUGGAGAGGAAGACGUCCAAGAUGAUGAAGAAAGAGAGCUUCAGAUGGAUCCUGCAGACUAUGGAAAGCAGCGUUUCAAUGAUGAUGUCCUUUAAAUCCUAAAGGAAAAUUUCACAAAACCUAAAGUGCUGUAGAAUGAAAUCAUUUCUACUUUGUCAUUUUUCACUUUUGUUGUAAAGAUCACUUGUAUCAGUUGUAAAGAUACACUGAGGUAAAUUGAAGGAAACCCUUUACGAAGGACUGUGCCCGUGUACAUAUGCGAACUUUCUCGUAUUGUAUUAUCAAAGCAGAGACUUUUUUGGUUAUGAUACAGUUGAGCCAAAAAUGGUUAAUCUUUGCAUUUAAAGAAAACUAAUAUAUAUUUCACAUUUUGUUAAGCUUAAUUUUUUCCACAAAUAGCAAGAGAACAUGGUUGUACAGAUAAUACGUUACAUGUAGCAUAACACAGUGAGGGCAGUCACACAGCUGGAAAGGGUUUAUACUUAUGUACUCUUGUGAGCCCAACAGGUGCUCUGUUCUGGCUGCCCUUCAUUUCAUCUCUUACGGGAGUCAGUUCUAGAAUAGUGACAUAAAUGAGGGGAAAAUGGGUGCCAAACAUGUGCAACAUGUAUACAAAGUUACCUUCGUACUCCUGUUUUGCGUAGGAGCUGAUGUGUCUGAAAAGCAGAUUAGCUUUCAGUUGAAGACUCAAGAAAGACAUAAAUAUUUAUCAGUUAUUCUUCUUAGCGUGAUAUUGUUGAAUGCAUUUUCAUUUUUUUCCCCAUAAUGCCAGUACUGUUUAACUAUAGUCAGCACUGACUAAAGUUUUAUUUUCACAGUCUGCAUUGUUGGAGAUAUUCAUGAUUUAAACGACAGGCCCUGAAAGGGGCUAAAUCUACUUCAAAAUGCAUCUGCCAUCAGGACUGCAAAGCUGUCCUGGUAGUUUUAGUGAUUUUCUUUGACUACAUAUUUUUCAGAAAUACUACACAAGAAAUUUUAACAAGUUUUUAUUAAUGCAAAAAUAAGGAUAGAAGUACUGUGAAGUAUAGCUGUUUUAUAAAAAUAGCUUAAAGUUUGUAAUAAAAAGGAAUCUUUGUAAUUACUUAAUAUGUUAGUUAAGAUACCAUCAACCUCAUAUUUGCUAGAUGUACAAAAUUAUUUUAAGUACAUUUUGUCUUUUUUGACGCUAUUCAAUAGAAUGUAUAAGUUGGCUAAUCCUUGUUUUUUGAUUAAAACAUUUUUGCAUCUUAUCCCAUGCCCCAAAAACGAAAGGUGUUGAUCAUGAAGGGAAAUGUAAAGUUGAUAACUCUGUUUUCCAGAAGGACUACUGUUAAUUCCCUGUGUAUAUGAACUACUGGGCUGGAUAUAUCUCUGAGUGAUAGAGCACUUGCCUGCUUGGUCCCCAGCACCACAAAAGAGGCAAAGAAACACCAACUCCCACUGCAUCCCAUGCCCAGGCUCCAGUCAUAAUUGAAACUUGUAGAAGUUCACUUGGUGAGGUGUAAAAUUUCUUUGACUUCAGUUUGAAGUUAGUGACCAGAAAAAGAUGCAGUAAUUGACUAAGAUUUUUUUUUACCAUAUCAAAGUAAA